CCCGCAGACGGAGUAAAACCCCGCCAAGAAUCGUGCUUCGCACACCUUGGUUUGGCUUCCAUCAGCCUCUCUUCCCUCCUUUAAAAACUUCUCCAUCUUCCUCCCGCUUUCUUCACCUUCCAGUUCCACACACACACACACUCUCUCUCUCUCUCUCUCUGCCCCACCGUAAAGAAUGGCCACAAACCUCAGAGUAGACGAGCUCAGAGCAGAACUCACCCACCGCGGGCUCAGUACCACCGGAGCAAAGCCCACCCUGGUGAGGAGACUCCGCGCGGCUCUCUCCAAGGAGAGCAAGCGAGCGGCGGAUUCCGUGGAUUCGACCGUCAAUGGAAAGAGAGAGCGGGACGCGGACACCCCGAAUGGGGAUUCGCACGGUCCGUCGAAACUCAGAGCGCUGGACCAGUUUCGGGAACUGGGCGUUCAGCAGCUCCGCGAAGAAGCCCGGAGGCGGGGCGUCUCCUCAUCUGGGUCGAAGAAAGAACUGCUCGAGAGGCUCUGUGGCGAGGCAGAGGAAGGCUUGGCGGCUGCAAAUGGAGUGAAAGAAGAAGCAGAAGAAGAAGUGGCAGCAGAUGAAGUGAAGACAGAGAAGAUAAUUACUGCAACCAAAAAGGGUGUUGCGGUUUUAGAUCAAUGGCUUCCUGACCACAUAAAGGCGAAUUACCAUGUUCUACACGAGGGUGAUGAUGUAUAUGACGCUAUGUUGAAUCAGACAAAUGUGGGGCAUAACAAUAACAAGUUCUAUGCAAUUCAGCUACUAGAAUCUGAUGACGGGGCUGCAUUCAUGGUUUAUUAUAGAUGGGGGAGAGUUGGUAUUAAGGGUCAAGAUAAACUAGAAGGCCCCUAUACAUCACGAGAUACUGCCAUCAAUGAGUUUGUACAGAAAUUUUUUGCUAAAACGAGAAAUCAUUGGUUCAAUCGGAAGGAAUUCAUUUGUCACCCUAAAUACUAUACAUGGCUGGAAAUGGACUAUGGUGGAAAGGAAGAACAAGAGGUCAUUAACAAGACUGCUGUUACUACGACAAGUCAACUGCGGGAAACAAAACUUGAGCCUCGUAUUGCAAAGUUUCUCUCUUUGAUAUGCAAUAUCAGUAUGAUGAAACAGCAAAUGAUGGAAAUAGGAUAUAAUGCGGAAAAGCUGCCUCUUGGUAAACUUAGCAAAUUGAUGAUAUUGAAGGGUUAUGAUGUAUUAAAAAGGAUUGCUGAUGUGAUUGGACAGUCAGAUAGGAAAAAGCUCGAACAAUUAAGCGGUGAAUUUUAUACUGUUAUACCUCAUGAUUUUGGCUUUAAGAAAAUGAGAGAGUUUGUCAUUGACACCCCUCAGAAAUUGAAGAGCAAGUUGGAAAUGGUUGAAGCUCUGGGUGAAAUAGAGGUUGCAUCCAAGUUGUUGAAGGAUGAUAUCGGGACAGAGGAGGAUCCCUUGUAUGCUCGCUAUCGACGUCUUGGAUGCAAACUAAUGCCACUUGAAGUGGGUUCUCAGGAAUAUUCGCUGAUUGCAACAUACAUGCACAACACCCAUGCAAAGACCCAUUCUAGUUAUACCGUCGAUAUUGUUCAAAUAUUCCGAGUAUCAAGAGAAGGGGAAACUGAACGCUUCAGUAAGUUCUCCACUACCUCAAACAGAAUGCUUCUGUGGCAUGGUUCUCGUCUGACAAACUGGACUGGCAUUUUGUCCCAAGGCUUGCGAAUUGCUCCUCCUGAAGCCCCUGCAACUGGCUACAUGUUUGGGAAAGGUGUUUACUUCGCAGAUAUGUUCUCCAAAAGUGCUAAUUAUUGCUAUGCCAAUAGUGCUGUCGCAGCUGGUGUUCUGCUUUUAUGUGAGGUUGCACUUGGUGACAUGGCUGAGCUUCUACAUGCGAAGUAUGAUGCCGACAAGUUGCCAGCUGGAAAGCUAAGUACCAAGGGGGUUGGUGCCACUUCACCGGAUCCAUCAGAAGCUCAGGCACUGGAAGAGGGUGUUGUUGUUCCCUUAGGGAGGCCAAAGGAGCAAUCAGAGCGUAAGGGUGCCUUGCUCUACAACGAGUACAUAGUUUACAAUGUUGACCAGAUUAGAAUGCGUUACGUUGUCCAAGUUAACUUCAAUAUAGGUAAAUAGUGGCAUAAUUUGGAUGUUCCUUGUUAAUAAUCAAGUAUGUGUCAAGAGAAAGUGAUAGUUUUUCUGAUGAAUGGUUUUUCUGAUGAAUGAGAGCAGAUAUUUCACUUAAAAUGUAUCAUAAUUGCUUGUGUAUCGGGAAAGUUCAAGAAUUUCUACAAUUCAAGCUGUGUAUAUAGCUAAGGUUUUUGUUUGGUUCGCAUAGCCUAUUGCAAGAAAAGCACAAGUAUCAGCAGAAGUAUCUGUUGACUGUGAGCAAUAAUAAGGGCGUUGUAGGUUGCAUCUUCGAAAGCGACCACAAUCGUUGUAGUUCUAAACUAACAGCCACAGCUUCUUUUUAGACUUUAAGUAACACUUUGUAAACUUCAUAAACUUUUGUUC